AUGCACCUUCGAGGAAGGAUAUUGAAAAUCUUGGAAUUUGUUGUGCAUCAAAGAUAUCUGCCUUCAAGUGUAACCCAGGCACAGCGGAAGAUAGAUAUGAACCAUCUUAUUGACUUGCAAUGUAAAGUGCUUGUCGAAGACUUGGAUAGCUAUUGUCCUGUCAUUAUUGAAUGCUAUUUUUUGGACAACAUUGUGGAUUUAUUGGUUCUCUCAGGCGAAACAAUAUCUAGCAUCUAUGCUUUGUCAUUUUGUUCGCACCCAACAGCGGGUAGAUCGGAAAUAAAUUUGCUUCACAGCUUGCCUCCGAUUCCCAUUAAAAAGCAUCUUACUUGGUCGUUUCCUGUUAUCCCUGCAGACAAUCUGGCGGACGAUGAUUCGGAAAUGGUGGGCGAUAAAUUCGACAUUGGGACCAAAAGAUCAUUGCUUCAUUCCGGCUACUUUAAACGGAUAGAAAUCGAUUCAAUGCAGCUUUAUACCAUGAAUUACAAGCAACGUGUUUUCAAGCUAGCCGGUACGCCUGUAGCGCUUAGAGAUAAAGAUGAGCGUCAAGAGCAUAUCCAGGUAUUUGUACAGCGUACUUUUCUGCAUUUUAGUUUGCAGGGGUUAAUUAAUGAGUAUCCCGAAUUUCUGAAGCUGUCGACUCAUCGUACGUAUCCUCAGCCAUCUACGAUACAGCAUUGGCAGUUAAGAGAUAUGAUUGCUUGCCCCAAUGUAAGGGGCGAAGUGUUUAUGGCCGUAAAUACGGGCGUCAAAAUAUACAAUAUCAACAGCGCACAUCAGCACCCAACCGAAUCUGUGUGCAACGAAUUUCCCGGAAAGCUGAUACCUGACAUGCCCAAUGACACUGACAGAUUUUCUUCCUCUAUAAGCUGGCCAAUCCGGGAUCUCAUGUUUUCGCCAACCUGCAUAUGUGCAAAAUAUUUUUUCACGCAGUUUGGAACAUCCAUCGUCAAUGCAAUUAAUGUUCACAGCCAUGCUGGCAUGUCGAGGCUGAUUAUUUCUAGCAAUGACGAGAAAAUCAGGGUGAUAACGCUGCCCACGCUUCAGGAAUACACUUCGUUUUCAAUGCCAAUGGCGAUUAACUUUAGUACGCACCUGCUUUUGCUAAAUGUUCAGCCGAAAUCAGUCCAGACAAAAAGAAAAUGGUGGCCGUUGGAGACUCGCCCAAGGGAUAUCUAUUUGAUACUUCUCGCCACCGAUGCAGCUUUUUCUUGCUCCUGGAAUGCGGCGUCUGAUAAGUUUGCCAUUGCCUGUCAAGACGGCUACGCAUGUGUUUGGGAUAUCAGAAACUUGGACAAAAUUUUGGCUCGACUUCCAACCACUCAGCAUGUAAAUUGUGUAAAUAUAGCCGAUGCUCGCACAUUUGAUGCUUUACAGUCCAUUUCCAUCAACAAUAACAGCAACAGUUCUCAAGAGGACAAGGUCAUUACGGGGAUAGCAUUUUCUCCAGACACCUCCGUGGCCUAUGUGGGUAAUAUUAACAAUCGCUCCAACACCUAG